AACAAAUCUUAUUCUCCAGCAAAAACACUCGAAUCCUGCUCUACUCUACUGUAUAAGCAUUGCUCGAAUCCAGCUCCUGAUCUGUUCAUCGUUGUCUGGCUUGUUCUAACCUAGACACGCUGUGUUGAUAAUAUUCCUACUGCUGAAAAUGAGGGAAGACAAAGCAAGAAACAGAAAAGGAACUAAAAAUGGGAAUGUUACAAAAAACCCUGAAACCCAUUCACACCAAAGUGGAGAUGAAGUAAAAGCCACUGCACUGCAGACAGAAGUGGGCCUGAUCAGUGGUAUUUGCCUGAUUGUUGGGACAAUGAUUGGCUCAGGGAUCUUCAUUUCUCCCAAAUCUGUGCUUCUGAACACUGGAGCUGUGGGGCCGUGUCUGUGUGUCUGGGCAGCAUGCGGGGUCCUGGCUACACUGGGGGCUCUGUGCUACGCUGAGCUGGGCACCAUGAUCACCAAGUCUGGAGGGGAGUACCCAUAUCUGAUGGAAGCUUUCGGGCCCAUCCCUGCUUUCCUGUAUUCAUGGACCUCUGUUGUAGUUUUAAAGCCGUCCUCCUUCGCCAUCAUCUCUCUCAGUUUUGCUGAGUAUUCAGCAGCACCUUUCUAUCCUGGCUGCUCUCCGCCUACCAUUAUCAUCAAGUGCUUGGCUGCUGCUUCUAUCUUGCUAAUUGUCAUAGUGAACAGCAUCAGUGUCAAGCUGGCCAGCUAUGUGCAGAACUUCUUCACAGGUGCAAAGCUCAUCAUUAUCAUUGUCAUCAUUGUGGCUGGAAUCGUUCUUCUUGCACAGGGAAAUACACAACAUUUAACCAAUGCAUUUGAGUCGAAAACUUCCUUUGGUGCAAUUGGCUUAGCGUUUUACAAUGGACUCUGGGCAUACGAUGGAUGGAAUCAGCUGAAUUUCAUUACCGAGGAACUGAAGAAUCCCUGCAGGAACCUGCCCCUGGCUAUCGUAAUUGGCAUUCCCUUGGUUACAGUUUGCUAUAUCCUGGUCAACAUCGCCUACUUCACAGUAAUGAGUCCCACAGAGCUGCUACAGUCCCAGGCGGUCGCUGUGACUUUUGGGGACAGAGUCUUGUAUCCUGUGUCCUGGAUAGUACCUCUAUUUGUUGUGUUUUCAACCUUCGGUGCAGCAAAUGGUACUUGUUUCACAGCUGGAAGGCUAAUCUAUGUGGCAGGGCGUGAAGGUCACAUGAUCAAGAUCCUGUCCUACAUCAGUGUCAGACGGUUCACCCCAUCACCAGCCAUAAUAUUCAAUGGGAUUUUGAGUAUAAUCUACACCAUCCCAGCAGACAUCAACACCCUCAUCAACUACUUCAGUUUCGCUGGCUGGGGAUUUUAUGGUGUAACUGUCCUGGCUUUGCUUGUCAUGAGGUUUACAAGGAAGGAUCUGGAGAGACCAGUGAAGGUGCCCAUAUUCAUUCCUGUCAUCGUGGUUGUCGUAUCCUUCUACUUACUGCUUGCUCCCAUUAUUGAUAAACCUGAAUGGGAGUACCUAUACUGCACAGCCUUCAUUCUGAGUGGCCUGUUUGUGUACCUCCUGUUUGUUCACCUCAAAUUCAGCUGGACUCACAGGGUUAUGGGGCCUAUUACAAUGUACCUCCAGAUGCUCAUGGAAGUAGUUCCUACAGAAGAGCAGGAAUAAAACCGGGCCUCCAUACUGCUUGGGGAUGCUAUGGAAUAAAGUGCGGCUGUGUUGUAAUGACUGGCUUUUCUGAAGAUUUAUAUAAAAGGAUUUGAUGCUAACUGUAGAGAGGGUGGGUCUUGUAACUGAAUGAGCUUUAAAAGGUUAACAUGCCUGUCCAGCAAGGGUCUCAAUCGUACAUCUUACUGGAGAAAAAAAGAACACAAAAUCUGUUUCAGAUUUUAUUUAAGUGUAUCAAAUAUGUAUAUACCACCCUGUAUGUCUUCGUUUAGUUUGUUUGCAGAUCAGAAAUAAGACCAUUUAAUAUUACAAAAUGUAUAUACAUGCAUAUUUAACCAAUGGCAUGUCUUUACCACGUUGAACAUCCCUUAGUAUCCAUGUACAAAUAUUUAUAUUAAUUAAGUGACAGAGCCCGUAGAUACAGGCUGUACUGUGUGGUAGAUAUAUUGGGGUCUUGCUCUUUCUUAUAAUUUAUCUGAACAUGCACAAAUGUUGAAUAGUCUGUGUAGUAUUGGGUCAGACUCAAAACUUGUUGGAGGAGGGGUGUUAUUCAAGCUACCAAUCACGUCUUUCCCGUUGAUUUGCUGUCCAGUAGUCGCCAAUUAAGCCUUCUUCCGGGGUCCUGUCACAGACAUAUGAUUCCCUUGUCUCUAGACCAGCGUCAGACUGUAUUUGUAAGUAGCUUUUUAUGGUAUCAGAUUAGAAUGUUAAGUGAAAAAGCCGGUAUUCAUGGGCAGAUUGAUUUAAAAUUUAAUUCACAGUUAAGCACUUCAGUGUUCCAGUGGGCAAAAGUAGAAGCCCACUAGAUCUGGAAGCCGAUUGGUUGUUCGCACUCAAACGUUUUAUAUAUAUAUGCCUCUGUGAAGGUAAAUCUUAAUGAAGUUAUUCUUUAUUUGAAGCAUCUUCAAAGAUGCAAUUCUGUAGUAUAGAAAAUAUAGUGAACCACAUUGCUGUUAUUAUUGAAACAACUGUGUUUGACCGGUCCAGAAAAUUAGAAAAACAGUAUUGGUUUUGUUGGCGUUAAGGGGUUUUUGUUUAGUUUGUACUGCAUGCCACACAGGCUUACAAUAUACAGCAGGGGCUUUUUCCAGAAGAUGGAGAGGUUUACUGCGCAUUGUUGAGUGCACAUACUUUCCAUAGAUAAGCUGACCCCAAAAUUAAAUUCUUAUUACUACUUAUAACAAACUGCAAUGUUUAUGUAGCUAGCUGCUCUGUUGUACUUGUACAAAUAUUGACACAUUCUUAUUGAUCUCCAGUCCCAGGCUCUGUAAAGCAAAACACUGUUUAAAGAUAACCAUAAGAAAUGAUUUUGUAAUAUCAGCAUGUAAAGUUUUAAUAUAAAAACAUUAAA